GCCUCUUGACAUGACGCAGUCUAAAUGUGCCGGAAGUCGUUGUGUUAGCUGCGGUGCUCCCACUUUCCCUCCACGUCUCCAGCUUCUCUGAAACAAACAGCUCCACCAGAUAUCAAACCUGUGGAACUCACCGGGUGUUGUCAGCUUCAGUUCAUCAGCUUCAUCGUCACCAACCGUGAGCUUCUGGGACACUUAGUAGCAGCCUAGCACUUAGCUUUGCUAGCCGCAUUAGCCUGCUAACUGGCUAGCUCUGUGCCCGGCGUCAUUUCCUACUUUUGAAAAUCGCGGCCUGAAAGAAGAAGCAGAGAAGAUGGAGCUUCAAGUGGGAACUGAACCAAUGACCCUGGGCUCGCCCACCUCUCCGAAGCCCACCUCCGGAGCUCAGUUCCUGCCCGGCUUUUUGAUGGGCGACCUGCCAGCUCCGACUACUCCGCAGCCACGCCCCUUCAGCCUCUCCAUGCCCAUCCUGGAAAGCACAGGAGGAGGAGGAGGUUCUGCCCCUCAGCCGGUUGUUCCCACCCCCAAAGAUAAAAGCGGAGCCCCCCCUGUCCGCAGUAUCCGUGAUGACCUGGUUACUAUAGCAACGCCCCUCAAUGCUCACAGACAGUCUUUCCCAGUCAUGCAGUCCCCUCUGUCCGCACGUCAGGCCUCAACUCCAGGAACAGGAGCAGGAGCAGGCGUGCAGCAGCUGUGUCUGUCUCCAGCUCAGGUGGAUCCGUUUUACAGUCAGGGAGAAUCUUUAUCAUCAGACGAUCAGCUGGAUCAGACCUGGGUCACCGUCUUUGGUUUCCCUCCAGCUUCAGCCUCCUACAUCCUGCUGCAGUUCGCUCAGUACGGAAACAUCCUGAAACACACGAUGGCGUCUCCUGGUAACUGGAUGCACCUUCAUUAUCAGUCCAGGCUUCAGGCCAGGAAAGCUCUGUCGAAGGAUGGAAAAGUGUUCGGUGAUGCCAUCAUGGUGGGAGUGAAACCCUGUAUAGACAAGAGUGUGAUGGACAGCAGCGAAGCCGUCUCCCCUCCCCUCUCCUCUGCCCUCCCCUCCACUCCUCGCUCGGCCAUCAGACCGCUCAGCGCCGCCUACAGGAGCUCCAGCAGCGACUACCAGGUGGUAGCAGACAGACAGACGCCCAGGAAGGACAACAGCAUAGUCUCCAAAGCGAUGGAGUAUAUGUUCGGCUGGUGACGUUUCACGGUGCAUUAUGGGAUACAGCCGCCUCGUGGGAGAAAGGAGAAUCACUGUGUGUGUGUGUGUGUGUG